AUGCCUCGUUUCUCUGGAAAAACUGUCAUAAUCACUGGAUCCUCCAACGGAAUCGGCCGUUCCGCUGCUCUUUUGUUUGCUCAAGAUGGAGCAAAUGUGACAAUUACUGGAAGAAAUGCUGAUCGUCUGGAGGAAACAAGACAACUUCUUCUGAAAUCAGGAGUCUCGGAGAAAAAUAUAAAUUCUGUAGUUGCUGAUUUAACAACAUCCAAUGGACAGGAUCAGUUGGUCAAUACAACCGUGAAUAAGUAUGGGAAAAUUGAUAUUUUGGUCAACAACGCCGGAGCCGCCAUCCCAGACUCUCAAGGUGCUACUGGAACCGAUCAAGGAAUUGAUACGUAUCAGAAAACACUGAAAAUAAAUCUCCAAUCAGUCAUCGAAAUGACCCAAAAAGUGAAACCUCAUCUGCUUGCAACAAAAGGAGAAAUUGUGAAUGUCUCAAGUAUUGUGGCAGGACCACAAGCGCAACCUGAGUUCAUGUACUAUGCAAUUUCCAAAGCUGCUUUAGACCAAUACACUAGAAGCUGUGCAAUUGAUCUCAUUCAGUUUGGUGUUCGAGUAAAUUCUUUUUACGAUUUCAUGGCUUCAAGAAAAGAAUGUAUUCCUGCUCUCGUAGCCGGUAAACCUGAAGACAUUGCCAAUGUAAUUCUGUUUCUUGCCGAUAGAAAACUAUCUUCAUUCAUAAUUGGGCAAUCAAUUGUAGUGGACGGUGGAACCACUUUGGUUAUGGGUGCACAGGCUCAUAAUUUAAAUGUUCUUCUCGGAUUGUCCACUGUAUGA